CCACAGAACGACCGAGCGGCGAGCCGAGGAGUACGACGCCGAGAAUAUUACAAGAAAACGCUGGGAAAUUACGCUGUUCUGUCGUGUUCUUCUGGUGGGGUUUUAGACUUGAACAAGUGGAAUGAAAUAGCGUCGAAAGAUGGCCCACGUCGGCGGGACGAACUAAAGAGAGAAGAAGAAAGGUUGGUGGUUGUUAUGUUGGUCUGAUCUGACUGGCUUCCUCUGCUUCAAGACUACAUUUCCCAUGGAGCCGUGCACCGACACACACACUGUUCUACCAUGGAGCCACCAGUCAGGGUUUUGGACCCAAAGAGCCAGUGAGACAGAGGAGGACCUGAUAUUGUGAUAUCACCUGAACCCCAUCCCGUCAUCUACUCCUUCCACCCCCCUGCUUGUCCUCCAGCUGACCAUCCUUCUCUCUAAGGCCUCGUCCGGAGCUCCUCCCAACUCCCCCACUCCCUGACUCUGCUGUGGAUUUAAGACUUUUAUCAGGACUUGAGCGUCUCCUCUCAGUCCACACUGAUCAGCUGACCUGAAGCUCCUAAUCACAGCACGGCCCAAUCUAGGCCCAGUUCUGGUCCAGUCUAAGUCCAGUCCUGCUGCAGGAUGGCAGGUCUACGGUUCAUUCUGGCUGUGAUUGCCGCCGCUCUACUGACCCUUAGAACUGAUGCUGCAGGUCAGAACCCGGACCACGUCCUGCAGGGGACGGGGGUGAAACCUGAGGCUCGGCGGCCUGACGAGGACUCGACCAUUGCUCCCGAGGACGCCGCCCGUUUCCUCAGCUGCUACUGCUCUGGACACUGUCCUGAGGACGCCACGAACAACACCUGCCAGACUCUCCCAAUGCUCAGACCAGGAGGACCAUCGAGUGCUGCAACACCGACUUCUGCAACAGAGACCUGCAGCCCACCCUCCCCCCUCAGGCUCCCGCCGAAGGUAGCCCUCACUGGCUGGCCUUCCUCAUCUCCAUGACGGUCUGCUGCUGCACUCUGAUCUGUAUCACCGUGGUCUGUUAUUACAGGUAUAAGUGGCAGAGUGAGCGUCAGCGGUAUCACAAAGAUCUGGAGCAGGAAGUGUUUAUCCCUGUUGGAGAGUCACUCAAAGACCUCAUCCACCAAUCACAGAGCUCAGGCAGUGGCUCUGGGCUCCCCCUGCUGGUGCAGCGGACCAUUGCCAAGCAGAUCCAGAUGGUGCGCCCGAUUGGUAAGGGGCGGUACGGCGAAGUGUGGCUGGGCCGUUGGAGGGGAGAGAAGGUGGCCGUCAAAGUCUUCUUCACCCGAGAGGAAGCCAGCUGGUUCAGAGAGACAGAGAUCUACCAGACCGUCUUGAUGAGACACGAAAACAUCCUUGGCUUCAUUGCCGCUGACAUCAAGGGCACCGGCGCCUUCACGCAGCUCUUCCUCAUCACAGACUACCACGAGAACGGCUCUCUGUACGACUACCUGAAGCUGACCACGCUGGACACGCAGGCUCUGCUGCGACUGGCGUACUCCGCCGCCUGCGGCCUCUGUCACCUACACACCGAGAUCUACGGCACGCAGGGCAAACCGGCCAUCGCCCACCGAGACCUCAAAAGCAAGAACAUCCUGAUCAAGAAGAACGGCACCUGCUGCAUCGCUGACCUCGGCCUCGCCGUCAAGUUCAACAGCGACACGAACGAGGUGGACGUCCCUCUGAGCACUCGGGUGGGGACGAGGCGCUACAUGGCCCCCGAGGUCCUGGACGAAAGCCUCAACAAGAACCACUUCCAGGCUUACAUCAUGGCCGACAUGUACAGUUACGGGCUCGUCAUCUGGGAGAUGGCCCGACGCUGUGUCACCGGAGGUAUUGUGGAGGACUACCAGCUGCCGUACUAUGAGAUGGUGCCCUCUGACCCCUCUUAUGAAGACAUGCUGGAGGUGGUGUGUGUAAAAGGACUGCGGCCCACAGUGUCCAACCGCUGGAACAGUGACGAGUGCCUUCGGGCCAUGCUGAAGCUGAUGUCAGAGUGCUGGGCUCCUAACCCCGCCUCCCGCCUCACCAUUCUCAGAGUCAAGAAGACGCUCGCCAAGAUGGUGGAGUCCCAGGACAUCAAGAUCUGACCGCCCUCUUCAUCCUCAUCUUCCUCCUCCUCGUCCCACCGCCGCCGGAUUCACCUGAACCCAGAAUACACCUGACAGCUGACCUGGACCUGAUCAGACUAGACCGGCUUCCCCAGGCUCAGUACAUCAGUCUUCAUCACGAGGAGGAAGAGGAGGAGAAGUGUGGAGUUAAAGAAAGGACCCACCUCAGGGCUGAACUGUGUGUCUCCUCCUGCUUCCUCCAUCUUCAGUCUGUCUGGGGCCUGGAAACAAACAUGGAGUCCUUCCUCCUCCUCCUCCUCCUCCCUCUGUGCCCAGUGGCUCACAGGGAGCGAGACUGCCGGUUUGACGCUUUCUGUGAAAGCCAAGCGAGACAAUUAUUAUGACAACUUCCUGUGGAGGGGAGAGGAGGGGUAUCUCGAUGCUCGUCGUUAAUGAACCGAGAAACGUUUGAAACCCUUUUUCUUUUUUUUCAGGACCCGCCUCACCCAGCCUUCCUCCACUUCUGUCUGUUUCAAAACAUUAAAAAUGCCAAUUUUUGUUGUUAUUUUCUCUUCAGGACUGAGUUCUCCUGCCAUAUUGAAAUAUAUCUCCACUCUAAAAGUAGAGUUAAUUAUAAAAAAUUAAGGUACUAUUAUAAUAUGUGAAUUUUAAUGUGUAAAUAAAUGUUAUCAUUAGAUGCCGUGCCUACUCAUAGGAAGAUUGAAAAGACCAGAACACUAUGCUGCAGUGGUGUUGACGUCCAGCCGACUCCUCAGAGACGUUGACAGGAGAUAAUGGAGUCACUAUGGAGACGUCUCCCGUCCUGUCUGUCUGUCUGUCCGUCCUGUCCUGUCCUGGUUCAUGUUUGUCUGUCAGCUGUUUGUUUGGAGAUCAGUUAUAAAGAGGAGGAGCUGCUCUGGUGGCAGAGAAAAAUCUCAUUGGUUGAGUUAAACCUCAGUGGGUGGAGCCAAAGUGCCAACCCUGAAGGACAUCUCACUCCGGUCUGCGAGCCAGUCAGGAGUGCUGUGUGUCACUUCUUUUGCUGCCAUGGAAACAGGUUGAACUCGUUUUAGUUCAGGAUGAGAAGGUCUACUUUAAACUCUCUUUUCAUUGAGAUAGGAAAGAACCUCUAACAUUGGUGCGUACAUUCACUUUGGCUCCUCCCACUGUGGUUUCACCUGUCCAAUCAGAUUAUUUGACUUCAGACUUUCAAAAAUGUUUGUAGAUGUCAAACUGAGUGUCCUGAUUGGUCUGUUUGAGAUUCAUUUAUUACAAAAUAAGAGUCACACUUUCUACAUUCUAUAACAUAAUAAUCACAAAGUGAUUUCCUUUGCAUUUUGGGACAAAACUUUCUCAGUAAGAAUAUUCGGGAAACUGGUCCAGAAUGUGGUUAGCUUAGCUUAGCACAAAGAUUGGAAACCUGCAGAAACUGUUAGCCUGGCACCAUCAAAAGAGAAAAGGCCCACCCUCUAACAACAAAUCUGAUGGUUUAUUGAACCAAAUAAAAAAAUGAAAUCUAAUACAAAAAUGAGAUAUUGUGGUUUUAAGCAGUUUCCCUCUGCUUCCAGUCUUUGUGCUAAACUCAGCUAACCGCACCCCGGACCCCUCUGGAUGAAAAAGAGGAUUCAGCUAAAAUGUUGGACUGUUCCUUUGACUGUUCUGUGUUGGCUUUCUCUCUUCAGCAGCAGGACGACGUGCACGUGUUGGCUGUGUGUGUGUGUGUGUGUGUGUGUUUGUUUGUGAGAGUGAGAGUGAGAGUGAGUGAGUGAAGCUAACCGUUCAUACAGUAGCUAUUUAAGAGCAGUAACUUAGUGUUUUUCUCUGUAUUAAAUAUGCAAGAAAACCCCAUUAUAGGAAUAAUCUCUAAUAUGUAAAUCUUUCAUGUUUUUUUGUUUCGGUGUUGUUGUUGUUGUUUUGUACAGCAUCUGGUUCGGUGCCUUAUGAGUUUACCAAGGAAAUGAAAACUCUGUAUACAGUCUGUCCAAUGUAACGAUUUUUAAGUAAAUAACCUUAUUUUAGUACACAAA